AUGUCCGAGUUCGCUAUUCCUGGGACUCCAGAGUUUUCCGAUUUAACGUCCUCUACGGCACCAACUGCGACUACGAAGUCAGCCGGUCAAUCCGUAGAUACUGAUACUCCCCAACGCACAGCGUCGGAUUUUGUUUCCUCCAUCUUCUCUCACAUCUCCGCCUCGACCGCUUCCUCAUCUCAGCGUUCUCACAAGAUUAUGACUAGGGCCAGUGACAAUUCACGGGCUCACAAAGGCGAAAAUGUAGCCGCCGGAUCAUUCCCUUCGGAACCGAUACUGCGAAACGUCACCGAACAAUCUACAAUGGAUCCUGUUUUCUCAGGAGAUCUGACGGCGAAUGGUGCUGCCCCCUCAUCCUCCUGGUUCGCUUUUCGUCCCCUUUGUCUCACUCCAGUGGACGGUAAAGCAAACGGUUCCACCCCCUAUCCGACCCAAUCAUCGCCUUUGAAUUCAAGUCUCAGUUUUGGUCCGGAGGGAUCCGUGAAUGGUAUCGCCUUGCCUAUCAUUUUGUCUGCUCCAGACAACACAGUGCUGUUAGCCAAUCCGAACGCUAGCCGGGCGCGUCUGGAGCUAGCACGUCUGCUGGCAACGGUG